UCCACUUCGGAAGAAGGCUCGAUUGUAUACGAGCGCGUGUGUGUAUAUUUAUUUUUGGUUUUUUGUCUCCAUUUCAUUCGGCGAUUAAAAGGCACCGGAGUGAACCCGAAGCGAGGCCGCGGCUCUGUGUGAACCGAAACCCCGCGUCCCAGCGCCCUCCAGUCCGCACGGAUGUGACCACGGCGGUGCUGAUCGGGGGAAGAUUUCAUUAUAUCGGAUGGCCGGGAUUUGACAAUCUGACACUUCACAGAGUGUGUGCGGGCGUUUGUUUGUUUUUUUUUUUUUCGGAUGACAGCGGAUCGAUCGGACACCAGGGUCGGAUCGAAGUCGGGGAUUGGAGCGCGGUAGUGAGUCGGGACUUCGGGCUUUGGGGUAAUUAAUAGGCGGAACACGGCGGAGCUCCGGAGACGCAGCCCGGACCACUUGUUGAAGAAAUUUCGGGGAAACAAAAGUUCAUCCUCGGCAGUUCAGGAGACGGAAAAACACAUUUUGAAUGUUUUUUGUUAUUUUUUUCCCAGUUUAGUGUUGAUUUAUUUCGCUAAAAACUUGCGUAAGAACUUCACGCAGGAAGGAGCGGAGCUGCGGUAGUUCUGACCGAGUUCCAAGCGCUGCCUGCCUGCUAGCUCUGUCCGCGGAUCCGCGGCGCUUCACGGUGCGAUUGGAUGGUGAAAACCCCCCCGUGAAACAGAACAAUAAUUUCAAAACCAAUUAAAAUAUAUAAAUUUAUAAAUCUUCGAAACACACCUCAAUCCGGUGUUACACAAUAAUCCAUUUAAAAUAAUUGUACCUAUCUGACUAGCUUAAGCAAGUUCCUGCUACUCAAAGCUAAUUUUCCGAAAGUUGCCCACAAAUUACUUCGCCAUAAUCAAUAUUUAGUACCAAAUCAUAAUCUUAACCUUUAUAUUUAUAUAUAAAAUCUCCAAAAGAAACCCCAAAUGAAUUAAAAAAUGGCUCGGAUACGACUUAGCUAGCAAACUAGCCAGCGCGGCUAAACCGGCUAGCUAAUCAGCGCAGUUUGGGGGAAAAAGUUAUAUACUUUUAAUUAUUCGUUUUAUAUUAACAUCAAUAUAUAAAUAGUAAUUAUUUUUCACGUCAAUACGCCAUUAACACGUUGAUUAGCUUAACUCUGUCUCUUAUUUUUAAUUUAGUUUUAACACUUUUUUCUCCCUGGACCGACUUUUUGACAGCUGACGACGUCUCACUAUUUUGAUUAUCAUUUUAUUUUUCCUUCACAAAAAAAUGAUUCGCAUUUUACAGCUUCUACAGGAUUGCGAGCUGGAAAAUAGCUGAACAUUGGACAUUUGUUUUCCUUUAUUUGGUUGUGGUUUUCUUUCUUUUCUUCCUUUUUUUUUCUUUGCUCAAAAACUCUUGCGGCCUACAUCAUGUCCGGAUCCCCGGGCUCGAGUAGCUCCUCCAACCCGAGGAAGUUCAGCGAGAAGAUCGCGCUGCAUAACCAGAAACAAGCGGAGGAAACGCGGGCCUUCGAGCAGCUCAUGACGGAUCUCACAGUCUCAAGGGUGCAGUUCCAAAAGCUCCAGCAGCUCCGUUUGUCUCAGAGCCGUGCCCAGUACUACGGUGGUUCCCUGCCCAACGUCAACCAGAUCGGCAACACCAGCGUCGAUUUUCAGGGCAACUUUCCCUCCGCUCUGGACUCUGUGAGAGGCACCAGGCACCACGGUCUGGUCGAGAGAGCGGUCCAAAGAGACCGCAACCGUAUCAACUCGCCACAUCGCAGACCGAUCGACAAACACGGCCGGCAAGCAGAGAGUUCUCCAUAUGGAACAGUGUACUUGUCGCCUCCCCCGGACAACAGCUGGAGAAGGGAGCAGCAGCCAUGGACCGAAGAGAAACGGCCCGGGUUUAGAUUAAUAUCGCAGCUCAACAGAACCAACUCGGAUUCGGCUCUGCAUACGAGUGCGAUGAACCCAAACCAGCAGGAUCCAUACAGCGGGAACCAACAGACAGGACGAGGACCACCUCAGCGCAACGCCAGCAUGAAUGAAGCGGAGGUGGAUGGCACAGGAGAUGUCUUUUCUUUCCCUGCGGUUCCUAACGAGGAGAGUCUUAUUGGUGUGAGUAAGCCGUUGCCCAGGCAGCUGUGGGAGGCCAAAAAGGUGCAGUCCCUUUCAUCACGGCCCAAAUCUUGUGAAGUACCUGGCAUCAAUAUAUACCCAUCUCCAGAGCAGAACAUCGGUCUCUCUCACUACCAGGGCACGUUAAAUACAGGCGGCUCUCUCCCGGACCUCACUAACCUGCACUUCCCGUCUCCUCUUCCCACCCCACUUGACCCUGAGGAAGGGGGCUACCCCAACCUGAGCGGAGGCAGCAGUACAGGGAACCUGCCCGCUGCCAUGAUGCAUCUUGGAAUCGGAAAUUCUCACGGUUUAUCGUCCUCUCUGAGCAACCCUUCCAUCCAUUCUUCUUUGCGGCUUUCCUCGCUCUCCAGCCCUCCUGCAGGGGGCAUGGCCACUUCUCCCAGGAGGCGGCCGGCUCCCAUCAGCCCCCUGACCCUUUCUCCUGGCUCUGAGCAGCGCCGCAGUCUGGGGAAGCAGCUCUCACCCACCAUGUCUCCAUCCCUUUCUCCAAUCACACAGGGGGUCCCCUUGGACACCAGCAACCUACCAAUGGAGCCACCGCCUCCUUACCCUCUCUACCAGCAAUCACAGCAGACCUUGCAGCAGCAGUCGACCCAGUCCCAUCUGUCCAGCCUCCAACAGCGCCAGCUUCAGGGAGGACAGCAGCAGCAGCACCAACAACAACAGCAGCACCAACAACAACAACAACAACAACAGCAGCAGCACCACCAACAACAACAACAACAGCAACAGCAGCAGCACCAACAACAGCAACAGCAGCAGCACCAUCAACAACAACAGCAACAGCAGCAGCAACAACAACAACAGCAACAGCAGCGGCAGCAACCGGUUUCUCCUUUGCAGAACAUUCCCCUAGACUUCAACUCUAGUGUCCAUAACAGUAUGGGCGUGUUCUUCAACGAUCCGUUCAUGGAGUCGCAGUUCUCCGGUCGUCAGUCCAAGUGUCCGCCCUAUCAGCAGGACCAGUAUAAUAUGCUGGACCACGCAAUGUGCUCCAUGGCUGGAGGAUUCGACCCGUCCUCCAACCUUUAUUGCUCCCAGUCUUCGCUUAUGGGCUUGAGCGGUAGUCACGGCAACCUUCAUGACCCCUUGCCGAUGAAGUCUAACAUGCUGUACUCAAACUGUGGCGGUGCAGUGCCCAAUAUCAUACUCACAGAUGAGUCGAGUCCGAGCCUAUCCAAGGAUAUCAGCAGCGUCCUGUCUGCCGUCCCCGAGUGCUUCGAUUCGGAGGGGGUUUUCCCCCUGGAGGACGAGCUUCGCAUUGAACCUCUCACCCUGGAUGGUCUGAGCAUGCUCAGUGACCCCAACAUGGUCCUCCCGGACCCUUCUGUGGAGGACAGCUUCCGCAGCGACAGGCUCUGAAGCCUCUCGUCACCUCUCUCUUUCUCACACACAAACAAACAAACUCGCUCGAGAUGUCAAAUCUCCCACAGCAGGACCCUAUCUUGUUUUUCUCUCUCACACACACACACACACACACACACACACACACACACACACACACACACAGCAAAAACAUUCGUCCCUCCCGCCCCCAUCAGCCAUUCAGUACACUACAGCUUCAUGUACAGUGACUGGUGAGAUGUUCACACGUUACUAUGACUUACAGGAGCGUCGUCUCUCAGGGGCCAUUCUCACUCCGUGUCCUCCAUCUGCCACUCGAGACACUGAUGAUCGUGAUGUUCACACAGAGCACGCUCAGAAUUCUAUCUGAACGCUCCAUACACCCAACCACACGCACACACACACACACACACACACACACACACACACACACACACACAAACAUCCUGGUCUAAGAUUUAACAAAGAUCUUUGGCCAGUUUAAGAUCUGGGAAUCGAUCCAUUCAGGAUUGUACAUGUGGAGAACGUGUGCAUCAACGCAUCGACGCUCAUUGUUUAUAUACAUAUGAUUUUGAAUAUUUCAUCCGCGACACCAGCAGCACUCGUGUGGAUGACAUUGUCCUGAGGUUCUUCAUUCUUGCCUUCAUUACAAAAGGAAUCCAGCGGAAUAGUGAUAAUCAGCUGCACCGCAUUGCACGUCUCCGCCUGCGCCAACCGAACCCGCGCAUGCAUUCAGAGCACGACGACUCGACGGAAGCGUUUUCUCCAUUCUUAAUAUCCAGCACUGUGACUGUCUGCAGUGUGUGUGAGAUUGUAUAUAAAUAUAUAUAUAUAUAUAUAUAUAUAUAUAUAUAUAUAUAUAUAUAUGAGAUAAAGAGAAUACACACCAUCAUGGAACAGAAGGAGCCAGCAAUCUGCCCGGUCGCAGCUCAUAUUGAUGCACCACAUGCGCCGUGUCUGUGCAACCAGCAGGACGAGGUCGAGCUUUUUUUCACACCGCAUCGCACGAGCCAUGAAUUCUUUCCCUCAUUACAUAAAGUUUAAGGGAAAAGGGUUUUUCUUUAAGGAGCAUUAUUUGUUUUGUUUGUUAGUUUUUUUUAAGUGAAAGAAAAGUUAAUCGUCGUUUUUUUUUUGUUUUUGG